AUGUCGUCUCCCCAAAUCCCCGAGAAGCAAUGGGCCCAGGUCAUCGAGAAGACUGGCGGUCCACUCGAGUACAAGCAGAUUCCCGUUCCCAAGCCUGGUCCUGAUGAGGUUCUCGUCAACGUCAAGUACACCGGUGUCUGCCACACAGAUCUUCACGCCCUAAACGGUGACUGGCCCCUGCCAACCAAGCUUCCUCUUGUUGGCGGUCACGAGGGUGCUGGUGUCGUCGUUGGACGUGGUGAGCUCGUGAGCGAGGUCAACGUUGGUGACCACGUUGGUAUCAAGUGGAUCAACGGUACCUGUCUUUCUUGUGACUUCUGCACGCAAUCAGACGAGCCUCUCUGCCCCAAGGCUCAACUUUCUGGCUACACCGUCGAUGGUUCCUUCCAACAAUACGCUGUAGCAAAGGCUGCACACGUUGCCAGGCUCAGCAAGGACACUCCCCUCGAUGGUGUCUCACCAGUCCUCUGUGCUGGAAUCACCGUCUACAAGGGUAUCAAAGAGUCUGGUGCUCGCCCUGGACAAACUGUCGCCAUUGUCGGUGCCGGCGGUGGUCUCGGUUCGCUCGCCCAACAAUACUGCAAGGCCAUGGGUAUUCGCACGAUCGCCGUCGACGCCGGUGACGACAAGGAGAAGAUGUGCAAGGAGCUCGGCUCUUAUGCAUUCGUCGACUUCAGCAAGAGCAAGAAUGUCGUCAAGGAUGUCCAGGCUGCCACCGAAGAUGGUCUUGGUCCCCACGCUGUCAUCCUCCUCGCUGUCUCUGAGAAGCCCUUCCAACAGGCCGCCGAGUACGUCCGUCCCCGCGGUACCGUCAUCUGUAUCGGUCUACCCGCCGGUGCCACCCUCAAGGCCCCCGUCUUCGAGUCCGUCAUCAGAAUGAUCACCAUCAAGGGUUCGUACGUCGGCAACCGCAGAGACACUGCCGAAGCCCUCGACUUCUACGCCAAGGGUCUGAUCAAGGCACCCUUCAAGGUCGUCGGUCUGUCGGAACUGCCCAAGGUCUUUGAAAUGAUGGAGAAGGGACAGAUCGCCGGUCGCUAUGUCCUCGACACCUCCAAGUAA